CCCCUCCCAUGUGCUCCGACUGGCGCUAAAAGUUUUGAGCCUCUCAAAAGUCCAGAGCCACGAUCCUGGGCGCAGGUAGCCGCUGGGCUCCGGGGUCACCGGGCGUCCGGCCUCGGAGCGUGCUUCCCGGGACGGUGACACGCUCCCCCGAGGUUCGGUGGCCACACUCCAUUCCCAGGAGCUGCGAUGCAGGACCCACAGUCCGAGCUCACCAUCGACCCCCCUCUAAGCCAGGAGACAUUUUCUGAAUUGUGGAACCUGCUUCCUGAAAACAAUGUUCUGUCUUCCGAGCUGUCCCCCGCAGUGGAUGAACUGCUGUCAGAAGGCGUGAACUGGCUGGGAGAAGGGUCCAAUGACGCUCCCAGGAUGCCAGCGACUCCUGCGCCCGCGGCCCCCGGACCCGCCCCCUCCUGGCCCCUGUCAUCCUUUGUCCCUUCCCCGAAGACCUACCCUGGUGCCUAUGGGUUCCGUCUGGGGUUCCUGCAUUCCGGGACAGCCAAGUCUGUUACUUGCACGUACUCCCCCUCCCUCAACAAGCUGUUCUGUCAGCUGGCAAAGACCUGCCCCGUGCAGCUGUGGGUCAGCUCGCCACCCCCAGCUGACACCUGCGUCCGGGCCAUGGCCAUUUACAAGAAGUCGGAGUUUGUGACGGAGGUGGUGCGGCGCUGCCCCCACCACGAGCGCUGCUUGGACAGUAGUGAUGGUCUGGCCCCGCCUCAGCAUCUCAUCCGGGUGGAGGGAAACCUGCGGGCCAAGUACCUGGACGACAGGAACACCUUCCGGCAGAGCGUGGUGGUGCCCUACGAGCCACCCGAGGUGGGCUCCGACUGCACCACCAUCCACUAUAACUACAUGUGUAACAGUUCCUGCAUGGGGGGCAUGAACCGCCGGCCCAUCCUCACCAUCAUCACUCUGGAAGAUUCCAGUGGUAACGUGCUGGGACGGAGCAGCUUCGAGGUACGAGUCUGUGCCUGUCCCGGGAGAGACCGGCGCACAGAGGAGGAAAAUUUCCGCAAGAAGGGGGAGCUUUGCCCCGAGCCGCCCCCCGGGAGCACCAAGCGAGCACUGCCUCCCAGCACCAGCUCGUCUCCCCCACAAAAGAAGAAGCCACUGGAUGGGGAGUACUUCACCCUUCAGAUCCGUGGCCUUGAACGCUACAACAUGUUCAGGGAGUUGAAUGAGGCCUUGGAGCUGAAGGAUGCGCUGAACGGAAAGGAGCCAGGGGGAAGCAGGGCUCACUCCAGCCACCUGAAGGCUAAGAAGGGGCAGUCCACCUCCCGCCAUAAAAAACCGAUGCUCAAGAAAGAGGGGCCCGAUUCAGACUGAUGUCCCCUAGCUUCCUGUGGCCCCCGCCCCGCCCCUGCUGACCCUUCCCCACCGCCCCCGGCCCUCCCUCCCUGGCAUUUUGGGAACUUGGAACUCCUGCUUGGUGUGUUGACUGCUUUGGUACAGGUGUACCCCACAGAAGCCCUGGCUUCUUCCAUCCGCCUUGCCCUAACGCACUCCUAAAGGAGGUGGCCUCCAAGGUCAGUUGGUUGGGGGGGACGUAGGACGUUCUGGCUGGUUUUUAAAGAUUUUUACUGUGAGGAACCAUGGGAAAGGUAGGGAAAUGUUCCUGAAUAUCAGGUGCGUUUUUGAAGCCAUCACAGACUAGGCUCUGAGCCCAGUUCUCUACCGUUUUAGCCAGUGGUUGAAAUUUCCUAAUUUCAUAGCCCAUUUUUAUGAAAUUCUGAUAACCAUACCUACCUCACGAAGUUUGUUGUGAGGGUGAAUGAAGUGAUGUAUGUCUGACCCCCCCAGACAGCCCUUUUCUCCCAUGGUGCCUAUGCCUUGGUGCCUUCGUGGGUGUCGUCGGUUCCCUGUCCCUGCUGGUGGGUGGGGUGACAGCUUCUGUGACAGGGGCAGCUGGCGAGGGGUCCCCUCCUUGCUGGCCCGGCCAAAUCCUGUCUAACCUCUUGGGGAGCCCCGGCACCCCAGCAUCUCAUCCCAUCUCGCAUCCCAGAGGACUGAUUGCAUCCCUGGUGUCGGGUCUGUAUCUGCCGAGGGCUUUUGCCUCCCUGCCUGGUUCAGGGUGAAUUUCUUCUGCACUCUGCACUCACCACCCAUACCCCCUCCUCCUCUUCCCCUUUUAUAUCCCCUUUUUGUACCAGAGUCUCAUUUUACAAUAAAACUUGCUACCACCUGUG